UUCAAGAAGGCCCAGCUUGCCACUUAGAACCAAGGUCCCUCAUACGCGACUCACCUACAAGCAGCCGCUCGGCCAAGCCUCUGCCACAUCCAUACAUGCAAUGGCAGCCACGGUCGCGCAUUCUCAGGCGAUACCGUCCGGGCUCCAUCCCCUGCAAGCAGCUGCCCUGAGGGCGGCCGCCGGCAACGGGCAGCAGCAACCGCAACCACCGCCGAGGGAAAUCGACGACAAGCCCUUCGAUGUGACGUCUAGGAAAUUGUCUGUGAACGAUCUGGUCAAGGUUCGGACAUUAGGGACAGGCACCUUUGCCCGUGUUUGCCUCGUCCGGCCGUCCCACGGCACCGAAGCCGAUCGCAGCCGGGUGUAUGCCCUCAAGAUACUCCGCAAGACCGAAGUGAUCAGACUGAAGCAGAUCGACCAUGUGCGCCACGAGCGACAGAUCCUGGCCGAUGUACGAGGGCAUCCGUUCAUUACCAAUUUCGUGACUUCGUUUUCGGACCACGACUUCCUCUACAUUCUCCUCGACUACGUGCCCGGCGGCGAGCUCUUCACUUACCUGCGCAAGUAUCGCCGGUUCGACGAAGACAUGGCCCGGUUCUACGCCGCCGAGAUUGUGCUGAUUCUCGAGCAUCUGCACGAACAACAAGGAGGGAUAGCAUACCGGGACAUGAAGCCAGAGAACCUGCUGCUGGAUGCCGACGGCCACAUCAAACUGGUUGACUUUGGUUUCGCCAAGCGGCUGGGGAAUAACGAGUCCGGCCACCCGGAAGAAACCUACACUCUGUGCGGCACACCCGAGUAUCUCGCGCCAGAGGUCAUCCACAACAAGGGCCACACCACCGCGGUGGACUGGUGGGCGCUGGGAAUCUUGAUCUACGAGUUCCUGACGGGGUACCCUCCGUUCUGGCAUCAGAACCCAAUCGAGAUCUACAAGCAGAUCGUCGAAAAACCAGUUGUUUUCCCCCAGGAACCGCCCAUCAGCGACGCGGCAAAGGACAUUAUUCGCCAGUUCUGCACCGUCGACCGCUCCCGCCGCCUUGGCAAUAUCUCGGGCGGCGCCGCAAAAGUCAAGGCUCAUCCUUUCUUUGCGGGGGUCGACUGGGACGCUGUCUACCAAAAGCGCCACCGGGGGCCCAUCAUCCCCCCCAUUAGGUAUCCGGGUGAUGCCCAAUGUUUCGACAUUUACCCGGAGGAGGACGCGACCCGAGACGAGUACACCGAUGAGAUGGCGAAGCAGUACGACGAGUAUUUCAAGGACUUUUAGAAUGGAUUCAA